AUGAACGUAUAUAGAGUAAAACUACUUGACUUCUUCCGGGUCAACUUACCCUUUGACUGGAACCACGUUCCCAGAGCACAGCACCAAAAUCCAGCAACAAUGCAUCUCCAAACCCUCCUCCUCGGGCUACUCACAGCCGCCCCAGCCCUGUCCGCCUCGUGCCCAGCCAAGCCGCCGCCGGCCUUUGCCAACGGCGCGCUCCUCCGCAUCAUGCCGCUGGGCGACUCCAUCACGCGCGGCGUCGGCGCGACCAGCAGCAACGGCUACCGCAAGCGGCUCGUGUCGGAGCUGGAGAAGCUCGCCAACGUCUCCAUGGUCGGCACGGAGCGCGACGGCGACUUUGCCGGCGGCGCAGACCGCACGCGCCACGAGGGCCACGGCGGCUUCGUCAUCGACGCCAUCCGCGCCGAGGCGCUGCAGCCCGAGGCGCUCGCCGCCCUCAAGCCCAACGUCGUGCUCGUGCACGCCGGCACCAACGACGCGGCGCGCAACCUGGGCGUCGCGGCGGCGGGCGAGCGCUUCGAGCGCCUGCUCGUCGACGUCCGCGCCGCCGCGUCGAGGGACGCCGUCGUCAUCGCCAGCACCAUGAUACCCGCGCAGGGCGACGAGGUCGUCGACGGCAGGAUCGCCGCCAUGAACAGGGACUACGUCGCCCGGCUGGAGAGGCUGUCGGCGGCGGACGAGCGGAUCCGCUGGGUGGACUUUGGGGGCGUCCGAGAUGCCGAGGCCAGGUUGGAUCCCAGCCCCGGGGCCGGAAACUUCAAGGAUACGUUGCAUCCCAACGACAAGGGGUAUGCUUUCAUGGCGGACCGGUGGGUCGAGGCCAUCAAGGCUGCAGAGACGUUGGGGUUGAUCAAGCAGCCUGAUGAGAUUUAGGUUUUUUUUUCUCUUAUCUUUAGGUUUAGACUUGGAGCUGUCUAUCUAAUAGCUAGUUAAGAAUGGUAGCGUGUAAGACUAACUGAACAACACCCGUCGGCUCAAUUAUCU